AGAGAAGAAGAGUGAGCGGAGGCGGAAGUGCAGAAUCUCACUAAAGGACGGACCUGUGGGAGUAUUGGCUGUGCUGAGCUAACGUAGGAAAGAUGCUGACCAACAUUUCUAAUGUGCUGAGAGCUUGCGUUCAGAGAAACCAGGUAGCUACAGUCCUCAUAUCAGCACGAACAUAUGCUGACUUCACCACCGAGGCUACCUUUGAAAUAAAAAAAUGUGACGUCCACAAGCUGGAUGAGGCCCCUGCCACCCAGGUGGUUUUGACUCGUGAUGAGGGGCUGCAGUAUUACCGCAUCAUGCAGACCAUAAGGCGUAUGGAGCUGAAGGCAGAUCAGCUGUAUAAGCAGAAGAUCAUCAGAGGAUUCUGCCACUUAUAUGACGGCCAGGAGGCUUGUGCUGUUGGCAUUGAAGCAGCAAUUAAUCUGACGGAUCACUUGAUCACUGCAUACCGUGCCCACGGCUACACUUACACCAGAGGAGGGACUGUGAAGCAAAUCAUGGCAGAGCUCACUGGCAGAAGAGGAGGCAUUGCAAAGGGCAAAGGAGGCUCUAUGCACAUGUACUGUAAAAACUUUUACGGAGGAAAUGGAAUUGUCGGAGCUCAGGUCCCCCUGGGUGCUGGUGUGGCUCUAGCCUGCAAAUAUCAGGGCAAAAACGAGCUGUGUGUCUGUCUCUAUGGUGAUGGUGCUGCCAACCAGGGUCAGAUCUUUGAAACCUACAAUAUGGCAGCACUUUGGAAGCUGCCUGUCAUCUUCAUCUGUGAGAACAACAGGUAUGGCAUGGGCACAUCAGUGGAGCGAGCUGCAGCCAGCACAGAUUACUACAAGAGGGGAGAAUUCAUUCCUGGUCUCAGGUUGGACGGGAUGGAUUUUCUGUGUGUUCGGGAAGCAACCAGGUUUGCAGCUGAUCACUGCCGAUCUGGAAAGGGUCCCAUUCUCAUGGAACUGCAGACUUACCGCUAUCAUGGCCACAGUAUGAGUGAUCCUGGUAUCAGCUACCGUACACGUGAGGAGAUCCAGGAGGUCCGCAGUAAGAGUGACCCCAUCUCCCUGCUAAAGGACCGCAUGCUCAGCAACAACAUGGCCAGUGUGGAGGAGCUCAAGGACAUUGAUGUGGAGGUGAGGAAGGAAAUAGAAGAUGCGGCUCAGUUUGCCACUACAGAUCCUGAACCCCCACUGGAAGAACUGUGCAACCACAUCUUUUACAACAACCCACCAAUUGAGGUGCGAGGCACAAAUCCAUGGUCAAAGCUCAAAUCUGUUAGCUAAACAUUUUCAUCCCCCCCCUUUUUUUAAAAUCCUUGCAUCCAUCCCCUGCUGCACCUCACAUGUACACUAACAAUGUCAUAUAUUAUAAAGUAGUGCCUCACGCUUAGAAUUGAAUCCAUCAACAAGUAAACAGUUUUCAGUGCUGUACAUUUUUACAACAGGGCCUGUACUUGCAAUGAUAUUUGGAGAAUUAAAUUAACAAAGACAGAGAAGAACAGAAUGAUUAGCUCUGUUUUCAUGUUUGUGCUAAUUGAGCUAUUAGUGCUUCUUCAUGAAGUUCUGUCCCAUAUUUAUAUUUUUCAUGAGAAUGUUGAGCCAACUGAGUGUUUUAUGUUUAGUACCUAAAAUCACUUUCUUGAUGUUGGUGAACGUUCAUGAACCAAAUGUAUAAAUUAAUACUUCGGAUUGAUUUUUCUGUUUUGUUUUAAGGUAAAGAAGUUACUGUAUUUAAGACACAUCAGUUCUCUUAAUAUUAAGCAUUUAGCAUUUUUAACUUAAGGAGGUUUUGUAAACUGGCCCCAGAUGAAUUUAUUUAACAGAUUCAAAAUUUUUGUGUUUGAUGUUUGUGGGUAAUUUUUGAGGUGUGGUUAAGAAAAUGUCCAUCUAUCACUGUUUGUCUCAUAAAAAGACUGUCCAACCUAUUAAACAAAGGCUUUGUGCUCUUUAUACUUGACAGUGUACCUGAUGAA